AUGAAACCUCAGCAAAAUAAUUCGGUUGAAGCCGCAAAGGCCCUGAUUACUGUAAUGUCAAAAACUGGGAAUACGAAUGGGAAGUACCUCGAAAAAUUGUCUAAAAAUUCCAAACAAGAUGUAACAAGGCAAAUUAGAAAUAUAAUUAACACACUUGAAUGUGUGGGAUGUGAUACGACACAAAUACCCAGAAACGAAAAAUGUUAUGGCGGAAAUGUGGAAACAUUAGUAAUUUGCUCGCACGGCGAAGAAUGUUAUACUGAAAUACAUCCGGACUACAUUAAGAGGGGCUGUAUGUCUCGAAGCAGGUUAAAUAGGACAUUUAUAUGCAAAUGUCCGCUCUGCAAUGACAAACCGUUUGAUGACGUCCCUUCCUACGAAUACAAGACAAUAAGAGAUUGGGAAUACGAUAACAGACGCCUCCAAACUGCAGUUAUUGGUAUAGACCUCUUGUGUAAAGUGUGUGACACUAAGGGAAUGAAUCGUGAGGCCGAUGAGCGCUGUAAGAAAGGAAAAGAUGCAGAUUACAUGGUGUGCGCAAAAAAUCAAGUCUGCUUCACAAAUAUUGAUUUGGACACUGACUUUGUUUCUAGAGGUUGCGUUGAUGUACCAGUCUUUAAUUCCAUGUAUAAUUUUUGUAAUAAUACGAAUUGUAAUAAUGUGGCGUACAAAAAUGCUAAGCUUAUAAAACGCAGGAGUGAAAUUGAAAAGGCGCAGGAAUUUUAUAUCAGCUUUCCUAAGACCUUAGUAUCACGAGCUGGCUCAUUUCGACACAUCAGUAUAGCUGGAACCCCAUUAACAUCUAUUGUGGUACUGUUUACUAUAUUGUCAGUCAUUCAUCUAUGA